AUGUACACCUGCGCGUGUGGCCCAGUAACUCUGGUGGAAAUGCUUCUCCGCACGAGUCUCGUUGCCAUAUACGUUUCCCUGUUUGUAUGUGCAGGGAGCGGACUGUCGCCGACCUCAAGCCGUCGGCUCUUGACCCUUUUCAACUGCCGCGUCACCCCGCCCUCAGCUUCGUCGCUGUCGCCUCCCUGUAGCUCAUGUGCACUUAUGCCCGGGGAAAGCAGCUUGGGCAUGGAGGCCGUUAAGGCGUCUCUGGUUCUCCCAGACGCGGUUGCUGCGCUGCGUUUGACGCCAGAGCGUCUGGUGGUCUUCCUCCACCGAGAAAUCCACUUUUUUGCUCUACAAAGUCUAGAGCUUCUCCACAUCGUUCGGCGCGACCAGCUCUUCAUUCUGGAGCCGCUCCCGGCCCCGCACCUGCAGCACCAGUCGCCAGCAGAGAAGGCCGUGGACUUCUUCCGUCCCGCCGCUCUCGCCACUAAGGCCCUCGCGGAGACAGUGGUGCAGGCGAUCGCCUCGACGGAGACAACUGAGGGCUACUAUGGGAAGCUCUCCAGAGAAGAACAGGAAGAAGAAGACGAGGAGGACGACGAAGGCGAACUGUGGGGUCCUGGACUGAAGCCUGCAGUUGUGGUGGGGUGCCCCAGACGGUCAGGAGACAGGACACACCCUGGAGAAAAUGAGCGGUCGAGUCGACGCGCAAGAGAGGGGAUCCACGACCAAGCCGAAGAAAAAUCCAGAAGAAAGAAAGCAGUUGAAGCUGCCACCGAAGCAGCAGGCGGAGGAAAAGGGGGGCGCGAAGGAGACGCUGUCUGUGCAGUCUGCUGGACUCCUCAACACAGCUUCUUGGCCGUCCCCGGUGCAAAGAGACGGGACUUCCUCUUCCACUCCACUGCGUUGCGAUGCGACGACGCGGCUGCCGUCUGUGGCGUCUUUGUCAGCUGCGGCCGAGCCCUCUUUUCUCUCGUCCACCUUCCCGUCUUUUUCGGCGUCGCCUCCGGGGGUUGUCUUCCUUUUCGAUCUCUCUUCGCUUCGCUGUCUAGGCUGGCGCACAGCUCACAGGCACCGCCUCACUGCGAUGAACUUCCACGAGUCGGGGUCGCGACUGGCGACGCUCUCCUCCAGAGCUCCAUCUCGCUUCCUCUGAAGAAGAGCGUCAAAGAGUCUUCUCAUCGUCCACGCCAACUCCGCGCCGGCCGCCGAAUCGAGUACACACUUUCCACUCUUUCUGUCUCCUGCUCGUCCUCUUCGCCUUCUUCGCCCUCGUCUUUCGCUUCUUCGCCGCGAUCUCCAGACGCGUACAGCUCGUCUGCCUUGUUUCCGCAAAAAGGACGAGACAGCGGCCCGCAGCUUGUGGAAACGGACACGUUGCCUUCACCGGUGAGUUCUCACCCUUCUACGCCGUCUCUGGCAGGUCGCCCCGCUUCAGGCUUCGCGACGCCUCUCAGUGCGCGUUUCCUCUCCCCUCGAAGUUCUUCUGUACCUUCAGCGUCUGGGGAAACCGCCAUCGGCCGCGACAAGGAUCUGCUCUUUCAGGACGCGCCGGCAUUGGGAGUUCCGCCGCCAUCCACUUCCCGUUCUUCUGCCUCUUCCUACACUUCUUCCUCGACGCUUUCUUCUCCCGUGCAUCCUCCUCCCUGCGCGUCGUCUCACUAUUCUUCGUCGUGUUCCUCUUCUUCGUCUUCCCCCGCUUCUUCCUCUUCUUCCUCUUCUUCCGCGUCUUCGUCUUCUUCCGCGUCUUCAACUUCUUCCUCUUCUUCCUCUUCUGCCGCUUCCUUUUCGUCUUCCGCCUCUUCUCCGUCUCGUUUUUCUUCCUCUUCUUCCACUGGCAUUCCGGUGUAUGGGAAGUCGAAGCGGAAGAACGGACGAAGAGACAACCGCGCCGCUUCUCUGCGCCUCGCGGAGGCGGCAGCCACGGUAACCAUCAAGCGAAACAGAGACAGAGAGACGACCGAGACGGACGAGAGUAAAGACGAAAACCAGAGGAAGGCCGCAGAUGCGAUUUCGAGCGAAGACGCAAAGGUUGAAGGGACAGUGCGGAGCGAAGAGAGGAGAGAGACAGAAGGCGCUGCCUCAGAAAGCCUGCUAGGAGCCUCUUGUUCGGCAACGCUUUCUAAGGAAGCGUGCAGCCACGUUGAGCAACAGCGAAUUCGAAAGGGGAACACCAAGAAGAAACAGAAGGCGAAAGAAGCCCGGGGGAACCAAGGCGCAGAGGAGAAGUUGCAAACCAUGGGGACGGCUGAACAAGCAUGCGAGGAGGCGAAUUCAGGAGAGGGCGACAUACCACUGGGAACCGUCGAGACGCUCAGUUCGGGAGCGAAACAAAAGAUGUCAGAACGCGGUGAGUCUCCAGAAUCACCAGACCUUCCUCGCGAGGGCGUUACCUCGCCUCGGGGAGCUGUUGCCGUUACCGACAGUCCAUCGACGCCUCUGCACGAGGCGACGGAGGGCGCGUCGCGUCUCCCUCUCCUCCCGGCCAAAGUUUCCUCGGCUGCCUCGCCUUCGCGUCCUUCUGCCGCCUGUCCUUCUCGGUUGAUACCACCGAGUGCGCUUCAGCACGCGGCAGUGGACCUUGAGACGGAGGCGGCGGCCGCAGGAGCCGAGACAGGGAGAUACACCCCAAAGCUCGAUACGCGAGACAGGCUUCUUGCCGCCUCUGCGCCCGUUUCAGCCUCCAACGGCCCUCCACUCGCGUCAGCCGUGUUUCCUUCUUCGCCUCUAAUGCAUUCCCACGCGUUCGCUGCCUCGCGGUUCGCCGUCGACGCUUCUCUGGAAGGGACUCGAGGCGAGGAGAAAACGCGAUCUAUCCCAGCCUCUUCUUCCGUGUCGCUUCCGUCCUCUCCCUCUUUUUCCGUCUCUUCCACGAGACGCCGGAGUUUUCCGGUGUCUCGCUCGGCUUCCUGGGCGUUUGCGUGCAGCCGCCGGCGCUCUGGAGGCGAGCGCAGCCUCGCGUGGCCUCGCAGCUCGCCACGGGGCGUCGGCCGCAUUCCGGCCUCUCGAGGCGAGCGCCUUCUCGCGUGCUCGCUUCUCUCCACGCAUCCGUUUUUGCCCCUCACCCAGGAAACGUACGCCUCGAACGCGGCGAGCGACUCUGCCUGGAGAGACGACCCCGGCGAGAGGCGCGACGAAGAGGAGACGGAGACAGGAGACACCGGCGACGGGGACCGAAGCGGGGCCGAGGGCGCAGUGGUGCAGAGAGAGUGCACGGAAAGCGCCUGGGCGGAAGAAACGGAAAGUCGUUCGAGGGAGAGGCGACACAGUCUGUCUGAGAUCUCGCAGAUAGGCGACGAGCCAGAGAACGCACAGGAAGAAUGGCGGCUGCUGCAGGCGUCGUCCAGUGAGUACAAGGAAGGCGAAGAGGGGGAAGACGAGGGAGGAGAAGAGGGAGAGGAGGAAGAGAGAGGGAAGCAGGAGGGUGGAAGGAACCGUCUCUUCCAGGACGACGGACGCGAGAAGGAAGAAGUGUUCCUCUAUGCAGACGAAGGUUCGGUGCCUUCGCUUGGGGCGGGUGGAGAAUCUCAGACGGAGAAGGCCGAGGGGACCAACGACAAGGAAGACGAAAACGGACGAGCGAAAGAUUUGAGACUUCAGGCAAGAGGCGCAUCGCCCGCACACCGGGAAGACCUCUCCGGUUCUCACGCAGCGAAACAAAGAGAAGCGACGGAAGAACGAGACGAAGAGAGAGAGGAGCGAGAAGCAAAAGGAAGGAGAGACGAACGGAACGCACAUUCUGACUGGAGUUGCGUUGGAGACGCUGACAGCGAGGCGAGGACUGCCGAAGGAGAUCGAGUCGGCGAGAGCGAGGAAGGGACGAGGGGAAACGUGGAAAGAGCGCCAGGAAGAGAACCUCUGGCGGGGACGUGUUCUCGAGAAGACGCUUCGCAGGAAGAUGCGCCUACGGAAGACGCGGCUUUUUAUACACUUUUGCCGUCGCCGAAGAAAGAGAACAAAAGACACGAGAAGGGGCGACGGCGGCGAAACGCGACAGGGCGUGGAGUCUUCCCGUCUUCCCUUUCGGCUUCUGCUUCUUCUGCGCUCGGCGCCUCUUGUUCUCGCGACCUCCUUUCGGCUUCUGCUUCUUCUGCGCUCGGCGCCUCUUGUUCGCGCCACCCCCUUUCGGCUGAGAGCGCUGCAAAGGCAGAGGAGAAACGCCCGAGUGGAGAUGCGGCAAACGGACAAGAGGACGAGCCCGCACACGUUCUGGGCUCUUCCGCGACUACAGCCGCAGGCACCCAUUUCGCCUCGUUCUAUAUCCUAGGCGAGCCGAGCGGGUUCGAUCUGCACAGCGGGGCUGCAUGCGCUGUUUCGAGCGGCUCCGGAGAGCUGGAAGGCGUCGAACCGUCGCGAGGCAUUUCAGAUGCAGAAGAAUUCGCCGAGGGAAUCCUCCCUUCCAUAUUUGUCUUGGAUGCGUCAGGCAGCCCGAACCCUCCGAAUCAGACAGCGCGACAAACCUGUCCCAAUCUUCCCCCUUUCUCUUUCUCUUCUUCCUCUUCUUCCUCCUCUGCCGCUUCUUCCUCUUCUUCUGCCGCUUCUUCCUCUUCUUCUGCCGCUUGUUCCUCUUCUUCUGCCGCUUCUUCCUCUUCUUCUGCCGCUUGUUCCUCUUCUUCUGCCGCUUCUUCCUCUUCUUGCGCGUCUUCCGCUUCUCUGUCUAAUGCAGAGGAACUGUCCGCGUGGUCAGCUGUGCAUGCAGCCCCUUCUGCGUUCCGAGAAAGACGAGGCGCUACCGACGAAGACGGGAAGCAAGAAGACGCGCGAGAAGGUCGACAAGCCGAGCGAGAACACGCGCGCGUGGCUGAACGCGUCGUGGUUGGCUGCAUGCGACCUCUUCCAGGCAGGAAGGGAACUGAGGACGGAGAUGGAAAAAAGGGGGACAAAAGAGACGCAACGCCAGAGCCGCGAAGUGUGGGAGUAGAGAGGAAGGACAUUAGAUUCAGCAGCAGUCCUCGCGAGACACACAUCCUCGGCGCCUCUGAGGGCUGGGAUGAUGCCUGUGUUCUUCGUGAGAAAGACGCUUUCGCCCGGGAGCACGGCGAGGAGAGCCGCAGCGACGCCCCAGAAGGAAAGGACACAAAAGGAGGAGAAAAGGGGGAAGGCGCGGAGCCCGCGGGGAGAGGAGCGGCGCUGGCUCGCGCCGGUGCUCGCGGCGACUCACACAGGAGAGGGGACACCGACCCAGACGAGUGGAUGGUGCUAGGGCGACGCAGAGAGAAGAGAAACGACAGAGAGCGCGAGAAACGCGAAGACGACCAGUGGUGGGGUGUCAUGGCAGCCCAUCCUCACACAGAAGAGCAGAGACACUCUGUCCCAGUCAAGGAGACAGAAGUUCACGCCUACGGAGGGGUGUAUCGGAGGCGCGUUGAAGACGGGCGCGAGAGGAGAAAGCGCCGAGCAGACACGCCUCCAGAAGAAACGAACGACCCUGCGCAGUCUGCGCUGGAAGCCGUGGAGCAGGAACAAGAGGAAAGGCUCUUGUCAGACGGUCAGUCGGAAGCAGGCGCUCAAGAACGAACAGGCGGAGAGAGAAGAUGCAGCAAAUGCCGGCGACAAGUCGCGAUCUUGAUCAACCAGGAAGCCUGCUUAGCAGCUGCAGUUGCUUACGACAGAGAGCGAGGGCCGAGACUUCCACACCUUGCGUUUGAUGCCGCAGGCUCGAUGCUCACAGCGACAGGUGGCGACGGGUUUGUAUACGUUUUCCAGCUGCCUUCAGCUUCCACAUCUUCUGGCUCUCGCCAUUCAGGUGUCCAUACACCGCAGGGUGCUGCUGUGUCGUCUUUCGCUCCACGCACGCCGGAACCUGACAGUCGCGUUUUUUCGUGUCCCACGCAGCCUGACCCCUCUCUCUCGUCGCGAGGUGGUGGGCGCUUCCGCAACGCGACGCCAUCGUCUUACCAACUUUCUGCACAAGCGAUGAGUGUCAUCGGGGAACGGCACCACGCAGUUUCGUCUUCCUCUGCGGCCUUCGCGUCUUGCUCUUCUUCUGUGGAGGUUGCGACGCAGCACGGCGACGAAGGGGAGAGACGCAGAGGUCGACGAGAGGCAGGCUCGCUGGCGACGGCUAUCGGAAGUUACGCCACGUCUGCUGUCUCGUCCCUUCUCUCCUUCUUCGUUCCGGGGGGCGAGGCACUGGUGGAGGCUCAGAGCUGCUGCUUCUACCUCGAACUGCCUCGCUUCAACAAUCGCCUCUCGCGCCAAUGCGUGGCCGUUCUCCUCGGUGCCGACCCCACAUCUCCCCAGGAACUGUGUCCUCGCCCUUCUCGAAGUGUCUCCUCUGUCCCCGCGGGUGUCUCCUCGGGCCUCCCGGGAGAGAGAAGCAUCCAGGUGCUCGUGGCGACAUACUCGGGUUGCGCGUACCUUUACGAAUACACUUCCCAUAGCGAAAAAAACACGCAUGCAGUUCCUGCCGCUUCAGCAACAUCGACAGUAACGUCUUUCCCCUCGGAAUCCACACUUGCCUCUCACCCACCUGCGAAAAUAUCCUUUCUGGAGAGCGCAUUCGUAGGGCGGAAGACUGCCGGAAGCUGUUGCGCCCGGAUGAGACGAGAAGUCCUUCUCCAGAGCUGCGACGCAGGGCUCUUCGACGAUGUCUGCACGUAG